GCGCUGUAUCUCCCGUGGGUGCUGGCGUGCUUCGCGCUGCUAAUGGGCAGUAGCAUAAAGGACGAGACGAUGGGCAUAUUCGUAGGGCACGUGUAUUUCUUUUUCGAGGAUGUCUACCCGGUGUUACCGACAUCCAAGGGCUUCCGGUUGUUCAGGACACCGAAGCUACUCAAGGUCGCGCGCCCAGCAAGCCCUCGCCCGGGGAGCUUUGCGUCUGCAGAAAAGGAAGGAUCAUGGGCAGGGUGGGAGGGAGGAAGGAGGAGGAAGAGGGAGCAGAGGGAGAAGGGGGAGGUGAGAGGAGAGGGAGGGCACUCGAAAAUGUGGCGGUCUGGGCACGUGUGUGUUUGUUGUUUGUCUGCCUGCCUGUCUGUCUGCUCGUUCGUUCGUUCGUUCGUUUGUUUGUUUGUUUUGUUCCCUACCUAG